GAGAAAGAUGUCCAGUCAGCAGACCAAAUGCAUUCCAAUUCCUCUGUUGGUGAGCCACAGCAAUCACACAUAGUUCAUGGCCCUCAUUGUCUCGAGAAAGAUGUCCAGGCAGCAGACCAAAUGUCUUCCAAUUCCUCUCUUGGUGAGCCACAGCAAUUACACAUAGUUGAUGGCCCUCAAAGUCUUGAGAAAGAUGUCCAGUCGGCAGACCAAACACCUUUGAAGUCCUCUCUUGAUGAGUCACAGAAAUCACACAUAAUUGUUCAGAGGCAUGCUCCAUCAUAUCCUGUAGAGGAUAAUCUUGACUCACCUGAUGAAUAUUCCUCAGAUGAAAACGACCCAGAUUUCAUUCCAGAUUCAAAUUCGUCAGAUGAAGACAUUGUUCCAGAAUCAUCAGAUGAAAUAUCUUUGAGGUCACCAAGCCCGGUAAUACCGAUUCCAUCAAGGGAGUCUUCCAAUCAUCCAGUUUCUUCUGAUGAGACUGUCUCCAGCACAAGUGAAAUUGAAGUCAUGACAACUUCAAACUCUGAAGGGAAGCGCCACUGGGACAAACCACAGUACUGCCCAUUUUGUCUUCAGCAACAGAAGAAACUACCACGCCAUUUGACUACACCGAUGCAUAAAGAUGAAACCCAAGUUAAAACUUGGCUGGCCACAACAGAUGUGAAGGAAAAGAAGAAACAACUCACACUGAUGAGAAACUACGGCAAUUUUCUUCAUAACUCAACUGUUUUGAAAAAGGGGAAAGGCACUCUUAUUGUUGUGUAUCGUCCUGGAUAUGACACGGACCAUAAUGAUUAUCUUCCUUGUCAGGACUGUUACGGCUACUAUGCCAAGUCAGAUUUAUGGAAGCACAGAUGCAGCCAAAAACCUGAUGUUGAUUGCUCUGGUGAGCCUUGUGUAAAAAAGAGAAGAACUAUGUUCUGCAAGCCAGGGAGAAUGCUUUUGCCAUCAACACCCGGGGUUAGUGCUAGGACUAAUGAAAUCUUGUCAAGUAUGAAUGCCGACAACAUUUCCCGCUUGGUCAAGUCUGAUGAGCUUAUCAAAAGGUUUGCUGACAAGUUGGUAAUGAAGCAUGGCCACAGCAAAGACCAGGCUGGAUACAUCAGGCAAAGAUUAAGGGAGAUUGCACGAAUGGUGUUGGAAUUUCGAUUCUUGACGGGCCAAACAAAUGUUGGAUUGUCUACACUGAUAUGUCCUACAAAAUUUGUUGCAGUGACUCGUGCAACACGAGUUGCAGCUGGCUUCAAUGACGAAACUCAUCUGUACAGCACACCCAGUCUUGCACUGAAGAUUGGACACAGCAUGAAGACUUGUGCAGAAAUUCUGCGUGGUGAGGCUCUUAUGUCUGGGGAUGAGUCGACUGAGAAGCGUUGUAAAGGAUUCCUAUCACUUUACUCCACACAAUGGGAAGAAAAAGUCAGCCAUCAUGCAUUACGUAGUUUGAAUGAGGCGCAGCGAAACAAUCCAAAGCUGUUACCGUUGACUGAAGAUGUGGUGAAGCUAUCGCAAUAUCUGAAGGAUGAGGUUAGAGUCAGGGAACAGGUGUUGCAAAGUGCAGAUGGCUCAAGAGAAGUCCAAACAGCAUGGUCAAGGCUGGCAGAAAUUCUUCUCUCCCAAAUCAUUCUCUUCAACCGAAAGAGACCCGGGGAAGUCUCAAGAAUGACAAUUCAAGACUACAGUAAGUGCAUGAAUGGAGAAGACACAAUCAUUGAAGGUGCCCUGACAGCCUGGGAGAAAGCCCUGUGCAGAGUGCUUUGGAGGGUAGAGUUGAUAGGAAAGCGGUCCAGGACUGUCGUUGUACUUCUCACCUCUGACAUGAAGCAUGCCUUGGAUCUUCUCCUAAGUAAGAGAGCUGCAGCUGCAAUUAAUGAUGGCAACGACUAUCUCUUCUCAGCUAGAUAUGGAGAAGGCCACAUUAGAGGGACAGAUACUGUUCGUGAGCAUGCCAAUAAGUGCGGAGCCAAACAACCUGCAAAUCUACGAGCGACCAGGUUAAGGAAACAUAUCGCAACAGUCUCGCAGAUCAUGAACUUGAAAGAAAACGAACUAGAUGUCCUGGCUAAUUUUCUUGGACACGAUAUCAGGACUCACCGACAGUACUAUCGUCUCCCUCAAUCUACCAUUCAAGUUGCAAAAGUAUCCAAGGUUCUUCUGAAAAUGGAGAAAGGGGACAUCAGGGGUCUCGCCGGAAAAACUCUACAAGAGGUUGAGCUCAAUCCAAAUGAAGACUACAAUACAGAUGCUGAGUCUGAUGCUGAGUCUGGGUCUGAUGCUGAGUCUGGGUCUGAUGCUGAGUCUGAUGCCGAGGCAGAGGUCAAUCAGGUCAAACCACCAGCUAAUGGGGACAGACACGGGAAAGGCAAACAACCUACAAUUAAGAGAGCUUGGAGUAGUAAAGAAAAGAAAGCUGUUGCAAGGCAUCUAGGUGGAUACCUCCGUGGCCGUACAGUUCCCGGCAAAGCUGCUAUCAUCAAACUGUUCCAAGCUGAGACUGGCACAUUCUCACACAGGUCAUGGAAGAAUGUGAAGGACUUUGUCAGAAACCAAACCAGAAAGCAGGACCCAAUGUCCUUUCUUGGUACCUAAAUCAGUCCAGAGCUGUAGCAACCAUCAAAUCAAUACACCUUUGGGGAUAAAUCUCACAAUUCCCCUCCCCCACCCCCACGGCCCCCCCCCCAAAAAAAUAUUUAAAAUAGUGGUCGCUUUUUGUCAAACUUUUCUAACCAAUGAUUCUAAUGCCCCUUUUUUUUCCCAAAAUAGCUCUACUUUUUCACGUCCACAUACCCCGUGAUUUUCAAAUAAAAAAAACAGAAAAUAAUGUCUGUGUAAUAAUGAUUCCAUUCAAAUAACAGUGGGACCCUUUUGCCCUGUACAUGCUGAAAAUCUACUUGAGUGUUAAUUCAGUUUCACUUAAGAUGUUUUUGUUUGCCUAACAUUCCUAACCAAAGAUGCAAAACUAAACAGUUAAGCAGAAGCAUAUAUGUUUAUAAUGUGCAGUUUUCUCCAUAAAAAAUGAACGUAUGUUUUCAGGAAGAAGAAUGUGAGAUUGACAGUAGGUGUGUUGAUUUGACAAUGAAUUAUCGCCAUUCUGAAAAGGGUGUCCCUUUUUAAAAAGGAAAGAAAAAUGCAGUUUAACCUGAUUAGACAUAUUAUGUGAUGAGAGUCAACAUAAUGCAUCUGCUCAUCCUUUGGGAUUCCACAGGUUGUUGUAUGCCGUAUUUGGUGUAUCAACUAAUCUUUUUUAACAGCCUUCAAAUGAUCACAGGAGCCAUUCUCUGUAUUUACUAUUCUUUCCCCCUUUUUUGAACGGGGUUGCGCAUAGGCUUAAUGGGUGGAAAUAAUCAUUUUUUUCUUGGGUUGGAAGCCAGUAGGUCGGAAAUGAGAACCGCAUGAAUAAAAAGGGACGCCCUAUAGGCAGGUUGU